GUGGUGAUUCAGUUUUGAAUUAGAUUUCAUUGGAUUCGUUAAUUUUAUGCUUAGGGUGAGAGAAGAAAAACCACUAAGUCUUUGUAGAUUCCACUCAUUACUUAGCGCUUCACGUUCGUUGCCUUAUUUAUUGUGCUCGUUCUCAUUUCGUUGGACGGAACCUUUAAUUUUUCUGGAAAAUUCUAAAAUCUCAUUAACCGGAGGAGUGCUCUUUACGUGAAAAUUUCGCUGAACAGACAUGUAUGUUAAAGAAGCAAAAAAUUCUGUAAGCAAUCCAGGAUGGAUACUGUUGCCAGAACAGAUGGAUGUUUUAACUAAAAAACCAUACAUUUAUAAUGCUACAGCUGGCUCAUUUUUAGAACUUCUCUUUUUACAAAAAUUCUGGAUGCGAUUAUCAAAAUAUGUUCCUAUGCAAGUAGCACCUUGUGUUCUGACUUGUCUUGGGUUAUCUAUUAACCUUGGUUGUUGUUUGACAUUUUUGUACUACAGUCCUGAUGCAAGGGUUGAGGCUCCUUCAUGGGUAUAUGUAUUAUGUGCUGUUGGGGUUUUUCUUUAUCAAACGCUUGAUGCCUUGGAUGGGAAACAAGCUAUAAAAGUUCAAGAUACGCAGAUAGAAGAAGUCUACGAUCAUGGUUGUGAUGCCAUUUCCACUGUGUUUGUGUGUUUAACUACCUCUGCUGCCUGCCAGUUGAUUAAUUUGCCAUUACUCAUGUUUUUAUUUUUUAUUGUCUCAAUGCUGGUAUUUUAUAGUGCUCAUUGGCAAGAUCAUGUGACACAUGUUAUGAUUUUUGGAAAGAUAGAUGUAUCUGAAAUACAGUUCUCGGUAAUGUUGGUUCACUUAUUGACUGCUUAUUAUGGACAACAGCUUUGGCGAUCAACAAUCUUUGGUUUAGAGUUAAGACUGAUACUUGGAUUUUUGUCAUUACUGAGCAUGUGUGGUACCAUAAUCACCAACAUUGGAUAUGUACUUGGAAAUAAAACCCCUCUUGAUGAAUAUGUAAAAGUUCCAAGGAAAAUGGGUAUCCAGAUAUGGAAUCCUGUUGUUCCUGUUUCCAUUUUGACUCUCUUUGCUGCCAAAGCUUAUGCCUCGGGACUUUUUCACUCUAGUCCAUCCAUCUUUAUAAUUGCAUUUGGUCUGGCAUAUGCAAAACUGACUAUGAAACUUGUGAUUGCUAAUGUUACGUAUGCUGAUGUGGAACUUUGGGACAGUAGCCUUGUUGCUCCUUUUCUUUUGUGUUUAAAUACUUAUUUGCCCACUUCGUACAUGUUGCCAGCAUGUACAGCUUUGCUUUGUGGUUUGGUUUACAAUCUGAUGGAUGUGGCUCGUUAUUUCACUUACAUAAGUUGGGAUUUGCGAGAAGCAUUAGACGCUUACAUCUUCACUUUGAAGUAUCCACCUGGCCAUCCCAAAUUCCACUCCAAACACAGUGAAGGUGUGUACGUCAAUGGCUUGAACAACAAUGAAAUUCUUGGAUCUGCAAAAAAAUUAGAUUUACACUCUGAUGAUUGAAAAGAAAGCUCCAGUUGAAAAAGGGGGGAAAUUCUGAAGCGUUACUAUAUGUGGAUCUUGAUUCACAUUCGAAUUCUCUUCGAGUCUAGAAAAGAGGGAGAAUAUAACAAGUACAAAUUUAGAACAAACAAGCCAGUUUAGAAUUGCAAGCUUUAUUAUAUUAAUAAAUCUUAAAAGAGAGGUCUACUUACACUGUGAAUCAUUAGUGCAUUGAUGUUAUACAUUAAUUUGCAAUGAUGUAUAUUAGUGAGAAUAUGAAAUAAAUGACCGGUAUCCACUAAGAUACAUUGUAUAAAUAUACACUACUUUCAUAUCAACAUGCAUUUUAUUUAUUCAAUCCAUGCUGACUGCAUAUAUACUGUGAUUGUGUAUAUUUAUUGAGAGAUAUGUGAUCAUUGUAAAAUUAAUUGCGUUGCUUCUUGGUUUUAAUGUUUUUGUAAUUUUAAAGGAUCUGUUAUACAGGAUGAGCUUGAAGUUUUUUCCUUAAUCAUAAUAAAAAAAGUUUGAACAUUAUUUUAUUUAUAUGUUUGUUUCUUAAAUUUGGUUAUUGAAUUUAUGACAAGACCAAUUUAAAUGUGUACCUCUUUGUUGCUUGAACAAUGUUGAGGUGGUAUUCUCGUUCUUAUUAUAAUACUGUCUUGCAUUUAACUUUGAACUGUUUAAUCCUAGCUUUCAAUAUUUUAGUAUCAUGAUGUUGCAGCCAUAGAAACAAAUUACUUUGAAGAAAAAUAGCAGAUUUGAUAUACAGAACCAAAAAGUGCAUUGCAAUUCCUCCCAUAUUGGUGCUAAUUAUUUGAUUUUAUAAAAAAGCUUCGUGCAGGACUAUGUAUCACAUUAAUUUAUUACCAUUAUUUUGUUCUAAAGUUUUGAUAUUAAGAAAAAGCUUAGUGUUCACCCUGUAUUCCUUUUACAGAAAAUUAAAUUGAGACUUUGUGAUUGAUUAAAAAAAACAUACUUUGAAAGUAUUAUUAGAUACAAAGUAUAAAUCAUUUUCAAGGAAAAACUGCUUUUAUAAUUCUUUUUAUAUUAAAAGAAUUUUUCAAAAUUUUACAUGAACUGUAUUUGAUACUGUAUUACUUGAAAACGUUGAUGUACCUUACGUUUAUGGGGAAAAUCCUUUUUAUAUUUAUUUUGCAAUUUGAAAUAUUAACAUUGUUACACUGCUGGAAUUGUGUUCAAUUUAUAUUUAUUUAUUCUACUGAAAAUGUUUUAAAAUUCUAGUCUCUGUUAAUGUUCAACCCUCCAAGGGUCCUAAUAACUUUGUAUUCUGAUAAAUUAGCUGAAGACCAAACUGAAUUUAUUUUUUUUUAUGUAUACAGGAAAGCAUUGAAAUUUCUUAAACAUGGAACUUUAAGAAAAUUUACAUAAAAUUGAAGAAACAGUUCAGCAAGUUAAAGCAUAUUGAAAAAAUUUUUUUAUUAUUCCAAGCUAUUAUUUAACAGUUAUAUAUUUUUUAAGAAGGGGAAAAAACUUUCAAUACUUUAGAUCUAUACAAAAUGAGAAAUAUUUUAACUUUGUUGGAGGGUUAAUAUGAAAUAUCUAUAAUGAAAUGAAAUGGUUUUAACAACCACUUCAUUAAAACUUGUUAUACUAGUCUUAAUUAUUGCAUUUUAAUACUGUUUAUAUUAUAAUUUAUUUGGCAAAUAGUUUUUAAAGAGAUGUAUAAAAUUUUUAUUAUCAGAAUUUCUAUAUGAUCAAAAUUUUUGUGGAUCUUUUUAAUAAUUUAGAAAUGUUUUAUAUGAUAGCAUGUCUUUGAUUUUUUUCUAUAUAUAUAUAUUUAUUACUGUGACAAAAUGAAAUAUGCUUUCACAUUCAAUGUUGCUUUUUAUAGUUUUUUUUUUUAAGUUCAAAUAUACUUUUUUUUUUCCUUCUUGUUAUGAAAUUUCUGUCUUUCAUAAUUGUACAGAUUUUGAAAACACCAAUAAACAGGGCAUUUUAAAAUUA